AGACCCAUCCCGGUGUUUUGGACGGAAGCAAGGAAGACUUCCUGCCGCAAGGACGUCUUUUCCUCGCAAGAAGACACUUCCUUUCGUGGACCGUUUGGCUUCUGGUGGAUUCUGGUGGAUUCUAGUCUCCGCGGGAACGCUGUUUAUGCGUGGGAGAUCUCCCGCGCUAUGACCUCACCUCCACCGGGAUUCACUUUCCAUCGUGACGCCGAGACUUGUUGUUUUCUUCCUUCGUCUUCUUCUUCUUCUUCUUCUUCUUCUUCUUCUUCUUCUUCUUCUUCUUCUUCUUCUUCUUCUUCUUCUUCUUCUUCUUCUUCUUCUUCUUGCCAACCUCGGCAGCCUCCAGCUGACCCCCACGUUGAGGAUCCACUGCUUUUUGGCUCCCCGUUGAUGCUUUGACGUGAUCGGAACCGCAAGAGACCACCGGAGACCACCGGAGACCACCUCCGUCAGUGGGUCGGGCCUCACAAUGGGGGGAUCCAAGAGUAAGGCCAAGGAAGCGAGUCCACGCACCGUCAGCCUUGAUGCCCAUCUGGGCUCCGGGGGAGGCGGCGGCGGCGGCGGCCACCACCUGAACUCCGCCCACCAGACCUCGACACCCGGUCGCAGCAACACGGUGGAUGUGGGGCUGGGUGGCAACCAGACCAUGAGUCCCAAUGCUGAGCUGCCCCUGUUUGGAGGCGUGGACAACAGCAACCUCAGCACCUCCGGCAGCAGGAUGACGCUCGCUGGAGGCGUGAUGACGUUCGUGGCGUUGUACGACUACGAGUCGCGGACAGCUUCCGACCUGUCCUUCAGGAAGGGCGAACGCCUGCAGAUCGUCAACAACACGCGGAAGGUGAACUGCAGGGAGGGCGACUGGUGGCUGGCCCGCUCCCUGACCACCGGAGAGAGCGGCUAUAUUCCCAGCAACUACGUGGCUCCGUCCGACUCCAUCCAAGCGGAAGAUCAUCUCAAACUGACUGCAGAUUCCAGGUGGUACUUUGGCAAAAUCACGCGCCGCGACUCCGAGAGGCUGCUGCUCAAUCUGGAGAACAGAAGAGGAACCUUCCUGGUGAGGGAGAGCGAGACCACCAAAGGCGCCUACUGUUUGUCAGUGCUGGACUACGACAACACCAAGGGCCUCAACGUGAAGCACUACAAGAUCCGCAAGCUGGACAGCGGCGGCUUCUACAUCACGUCCCGCACGCAGUUCGCCACCCUGCAGCAGCUCGUCAAUCACUACCGCAAGCAUUCAGACGGACUGUGCCACAGUCUAUCAGACAUCUGUCCCGUGCUGAAGCCUCAGACCCAGGGCCUGGCCAAGGACGCCUGGGAGAUCCCCCGAGAGUCUCUUCGUCUGGACCUCAAGCUCGGACAGGGGUGCUUUGGCGAGGUUUGGAUGGGAACGUGGAACGGUACCACCCGGGUGGCCAUCAAGACCCUGAAACCCGGCACCAUGUCCCCGGAGGCCUUCCUGCAGGAGGCCCAGGUCAUGAAGAAGCUGAGGCACGAGAAGCUGGUGCAGCUUUACGCCGUCGUGUCCGAGGAGCCCAUCUACAUCGUCACCGAGUACAUGGGGAAAGGUAGCUUGCUGGACUUCCUGAAGGGCGACAUGGGGAAGAUGCUCCGCCUCCCUCAGCUGGUGGACAUGGCCUCACAGAUCGCUUCCGGCAUGGCGUACGUGGAGCGGAUGAACUACGUCCACAGAGACCUGCGCGCUGCCAACAUCCUGGUCGGGGAGAACCUGGUGUGCAAGGUGGCCGACUUCGGCCUGGCUCGCCUCAUCGAGGACAACGAAUACACGGCCAGACAAGGUGCCAAGUUCCCCAUCAAGUGGACGGCUCCCGAGGCGGCUCACUUUGGACGCUUCACCAUCAAAUCGGACGUCUGGUCGUUCGGCAUCCUGCUCACCGAGCUGGCCACCAAAGGACGGGUUCCCUACCCAGGGAUGGUGAACCGUGAGGUCCUGGACCAGGUGGAGCGCGGCUACAGAAUGCCGUGCCCGGCAGAGUGCCCCGAGUCCUUGCACGAGCUGAUGCUGACCUGCUGGAGGAAGGAACCUGAGGAGAGGCCCACCUUCGAGUACCUGCAGGGCUUCCUGGAGGACUACUUCACCUCCACCGAGCCGCAGUACCAGCCGGGGGAGAACCUGUGAGGCCGGCGGAGUUUGGCGCCCUCCUGUGGACGCUCGUCAGCUGACACGCGGGUUUGCUGAAAGGUGGCCUUGGUUUUUGUCCUCGGGAACCUCGGCGCAAGGUCCGAUCGUCGUCAUCAUCAUCAUCAUCAUCACUGCACAGGCGGCAGGUAAAGCAGGGGUGUCCAAAGUGGAAAAAUGGCAUUUCACAAGAAAAAAGGCUCUUUAGGUUAGCAUCAAGUCAGGGAUAUUAGGAGGAAAAAUAAUCUCAUUUUAGUGGCAUAGAGUUGAAAUAUACGUAUAUCUUUUUUAAUCUUGAUAUUGGGAGAAACAAACAAAACACAACAAAGCUGUCAGUUUUGGGAAAUGAGGUUGCGGACUUUGCAGCAUUUCAGUCGUAGUUGUUAUCUGACAAGAAUAUAGUAUAAAAUAAAAUAAAAUAUCAUGGAAAUUAAGUCACUACGGGAAAAUACAAUCAAGUUGAAAUAGCUGGAAAAAUUCUAAAGAAAACAUCAGAAUAUUUGUAUUUAUUUUUUUAAUUAUGAGAAACAAAACAAAGUUGUCAAUUUUGGAAAAUAAGCUUGGAAGAAAAAAUAGAAAUAUUCUGAGAAUAAAGUUGAAAUAUUAUGGGAAUAAAGUCCUAAUAUUAUGAGAAGAAUUUUUACAAAAAGAAAAAAAGAAUAGAUUGGAGUCAGACUGUGAGAGACACGUUUCAUUCUAACAACAAAAACUGAUCAUUUUUGGAAAAUUAGGUUGCGGAAUAAAAUAUUACGGAAAUAAAACAGGAGAAAAAAAUGAAAGAAAGUGGAAAGGGUUUGGGAAAACAAACCAUCAGAAACGAAAGAGCAGAAACGAGGAAAGAAUGAGUGAGGAGUGGAGUGCAAACGUGAGGUUUGGACUCCCCUGCUUGCUUCACAGCAUUUCCAUCCAAAGCGGGACAAUCCUAUUUUUACAUUUGACAACAAUACACUGGAAUUGUUCAGGAGGCGGCUGCACGGUGGUUGAGUGGUUAGCACACAGGUCUCACAGCUAGGAGACUGGAGUUUGAUUCCACCAUCCGUCUCUAGGUGCAGUUUGCAUGUUCUCCCCCCCGUGCAUGCGUGGCUUUUCUCUGGGUAAUCCCCCACCCCCACCCCCCAUUCCAAAAACAUGCUAGCUUGAUUGGCCACUCCAAAUUGUCCAUAGGUAUGAAUGUGAGUGUGAAUGGUUGUUUGUCUAUAUGUGCCCUGGGAUUGGCUGGCCACCAGUCCAGCUGGGAUAGGCUCCAGCACCCCCACCCUUGUGAUUAUGAGCGAUAGAAAAUGAAUGAAUGAACGAAUGAACGAAUGAACGAAUGAAUGAAUGAAUGUUCAGGAGACACAUGCAAUGCCCGACCUUAGCCAGCAGGGGGCAGUGCAGGAAGCCCUCCAAAACAUUGACACGUAUCCAAUCUUUUGUAAAUAUACUCAAUGUUCAUAUUUUGUAUAUACAGUAUGUCAUCUUUAUAAUUUAUUUCUUUCUCUCAAAAUAAAAAUGUACGAUGUUAUUCUUGUAACAUGCGCGUUUAUGUUGGUAUCGUAAAUUUUAUUUUUCGUUCAAAUGUGGAUUAUAUAUACAACUUAGUUUUCCUAACAUGAACUUUUUUCUCAUGAUGUGGCACACUGAAAAGUAAAAAGGUUAAAAAUAACAAAAAAACACUACAAUGGAUUUCUGGGAAUUGUACGUGUUGCGUCACGUUGCACGUUUAUUUAUGUAACAUUGCAACGUUCUCGUCACAACACCACAUCGUUUUCUCAUGACAUGUCAGGUUUACGCCAUGCAAGAAAAGUACAACGUUUUUCUCGGGAAGUUACGCCUUUUUGCGUCACGUUGCACAUUCAAAUCUUUUUUUUCGUAACGUGGCACAGUGAAAAGUAAAAAUGUUUCAAAAAUGACAAAAAGGAAAUUUUGGUUAUAAUACGACAGGAAAAAAAAUCUUCCUGUUUAGCCAAAAUGAGCCAAAAAUCAGAAUGCGGAUGAAAAAAGAUCGGCUGUGGCGACUCCGUAAGGAAAAAGCAGAAAGAAAAACAAAAAACUCAUUAAAAGUCAUUAAAAGUCAUUAUGUUGUGAUGAUAAAAGUUAGCUUUUAAUAUGGAAAAGAACUGGACUUUUCAACGGUCGUAUUCUCCUAACACGACAAAUGACUCCUCGCAACGUUCCGGCUUGUUGCAUCACGUUGCACGAGAGGUUUUGGAACAUUGCAGCCUUGUUCUUGUAAGAAUACCACGUAUUCUUUGCAACGUUGAGACUUUUGUGUCGUGGCGCGGCAACUUAUUCUGGUAACAAUAUUUUUCGCUAAACAUUACGACUGAUUUUCUCAUCGAUUUUUCAGGCAUACAUAAUCAACCUUUGCGGUACUUUUAAAAAUUUACUCGGAAAAGACGUUGCGUUGCAUGUAUGAUGAUGAUUCCUUUUUUUGUACAUGGUUCGAUGAGGUUUUUGAUUGAUGAUAAAAAGGGCCAUAACGCAAAUAUGCAAGAUAUGAACUUUUCCUGUGGGGCUUCUCUUCCUGCUAUGCACAAAUAUAUACAGUAUAUUUUUUCUUCUAUUUUUCAAAUUGGUGACUUUAGCGGUACUUUUCUACGGUAGUCAGUGGGGAAUGUUGAGAUGAUAUGUUUUUUUCCAUAAAUCCUCAUCAAAAACAUUGUUAACAUUUUUUUAAAGUUUGAAUAAAGAUUUGUACACGA